AUAACCAAACCCUUUUACUAUCUUUUUUCCGACUCCCAUAUCUUUUUUUUUUCCGACUCCCAUAUUAUUCAACUUUACAACAAAUCCCUGACUAGAGCAAAUCCCAGAGCACAAGAUCAGAUCCUUCUGUCUCAUCAUCAUCAUCAUUAUUAUAAUCAUAAUUACAAGAAGAAUCGUUGUUCAAAAUAAUUAACGUAUAACGACUUCUAGAUGAAUAAUUUUCAGGAGAAGAAAAGAAGGCGUAGUAAAACGCCGAGAGUUUGUAAUAACGAAGAAAACAUGGAGAAGUUAGUACAUAAAGAAAUUGAGAAACGAAGGAGACAAGAAAUGGCUUCUCUCUACGCGUCUCUCCGCUCUCUUCUCCCUUUAGAGUUCAUCCAGGGAAAACGUUCAACGUCAGAUCAGGUGAAAGGGGCAGUGAAUUACAUAGACUAUUUGCAAAGGAAUAUCAAAGACAUAAAUUCCAAGAGAGAUGACCUCGUGUUAUUGUCUGGACGAAGCUUUAGGAGUAGUAAUGAACAAGAAUGGAAUGAGAUUUCGAAUCAUGUCGUGAUUCGUCCGUGUUUGGUCGGCAUAGAGAUAGUGUUGAGCAUUCUCCAAACGCCAUUCUCAAGCGUUCUGCAAGUGCUUCGUGAACACGGUCUCUAUGUUCUUGGCUACAUCUGUUCCAGUGUAAAUGAUAGACUCAUUCAUACUCUACAGGCUGAGGUCAACGAUCUGGCUUUGAUCGACUUAGCAGACCUUAAGGAUACACUUACCCUGAUGAAGUAAUUCAAAUAAUCAAACGUUUUUUUUCAGUAGAUUCCUUUUAACUUCUCAAACCAAAACGAUGUAUAUAUAUGGUUCUUAGUACUUUUACUGUGUAUUUAUCUAGCUACUUUAAAGAAUUUGUGCGUAAGAAACUAAUGCUAGCUAGCUUUAAUAUCACAACCAUCUCUUACAUAUUAUAUAAACUAUGGUCCAUCUAAACUUUUUCUUUAUCAUUGAUGUUUUGACUAUCUUGUUUAUUCACAGAAAAAA